AUGGAGAAGACCCAGGAAGUUGAUCCUUCCACGGGACCUCAGGUCACGCAUCAUGUAGAUCCUGUGCUGGAUCCAGAGCACCAGCAUCAUCAUGCUCAUCACCACCAUAGCGCGUUUGCUGAAGAAGGUCGCACCGACGAAGUGGUUUAUUCUAAAGAUGGCGAAUUCGAGAAAGGAAUCGUUCCCGAGCCAACGCCGCUGGAUCACAGCGGCAAGCUUUCCAACGAUGAGGAAUCCGGCCAGGAACAGCCAGCCCAGCGCACUUGGUAUCGCCGCGUGCUGAAGCAAUGGAGACACAUGGUUCAUGCUGUGAUUUGGCUUCUGUUUACCGGAUGGUGGAUUGCUGGCCUCAUCCUUCAUCGGUAUGACUUGGGAUGGCUCAUUCCAUUCCUGCUCUAUCUUGCAAUCACCCUGCGAAUCUUCUUCUUCUACGUCCCGAUCACUAUCAUCUCGAAGCCCAUGCACUGGGUCUGGGAGCGCACUGCCCGUCCUUUCGUACGCAUGAUCCCCGAGAAGAUGAGAACACCCAGCGCCGCCCUUCUGGCCAUUGGUGUGAUCCUCAUCGGUGCGUUUGCGUCGGAAGAAUCAAAAGACAACACCCGCGCCAACCGUGCAGUCAGCUUGUUCGGAAUGAUAGUAUUCCUCUCCGGCCUAUGGGCCACCUCUCGAAACCGCAAGAAGAUUCUCUGGCACACUGUCAUUGUUGGCAUGUUGGCACAAUUCAUCAUUGCACUGUUCGUGCUCCGCACCACCGCAGGUUACGAUAUCUUCAACUUCAUCUCGACUCUGGCCCGUAGUCUGCUUGGAUUUGCCGGCGAUGGUGUCAUCUUCUUGACCAGUAAUGACUUCUAUAGCUACAACAAAGACUUUGUGCCAGCCAACUUCUUCAUGAUCAGCGUCAUCUCUGCCAUCGUCUUCUUCGUCUCCCUCGUCCAGCUCCUCUACUACUACACCGUCCUGCAGUGGUUCGUCGGCAAGUUCGCCGUCUUCUUCUUCUGGAGCAUGCGUGUUUCUGGCGCCGAGGCCGUCGUCGCUGCCGCAUCCCCCUUCAUCGGCCAGGGUGAAUCCGCCAUGCUGAUCCGUCCCUUCAUUCCCCACCUUACUCUCGCCGAACUGCACCAAAUUAUGUGCUCUGGCUUUGCCACCAUCGCUGGAAGUGUCUUGAUCGCCUAUAUCAGUAUUGGUGUCAACCCACAGGCCAUGGUCAGCGCCUGUGUCAUGAGUAUCCCCGCCUCAUUGGCGGUCUCCAAAAUGCGCUGGCCCGAAGAAGAAGAGACCCUCACUGCAGGCCGUGUAGUCGUCCCCGAUAGUGAGGAACACCGCUCCGCCAAUGCUCUGCACGCAUUCACCAGCGGUGCCUGGCUCGGUCUGAAGAUCGCUGCCAUGAUCACUGCAACCCUGCUUUGCAUCAUCGCUCUCAUCGGACUCGUCAACGGCCUCCUCACCUGGUGGGGCCGAUACCUCAACAUCAACGACCCCCCACUUACCCUCGAGCUGAUCGUCGGAUACAUCUGCUACCCGAUUGCCUUCCUCCUCGGUGUUUCCCGUGACGGUGAUCUUCUCAAGGUCGCUCAACUGAUCGGUGUCAAGCUCGUUACCAACGAGUUCGUCGCCUACGAUUCCCUCCAGCACAGCCCAGACUACGCCGACCUCUCAGACCGCUCCCGCCUCAUCGUCACCUACGCGCUCUGCGGCUUCGCGAACAUCGGCUCCGUCGGUAAUCAAAUCGGUGUCCUGUCUCAGAUCUCCCCCGGUCGUGGUGGUGAUAUCUCCCGCGUUGCUUUCAGCGCCAUGAUCACCGGUGCCAUUAGUACCUUCACCAGUGCCACCGUUGCCGGCUUGUUAAUUACAAACGAGAAGCAGUACUUUGCUACCUCCUAA